AUGCGGGUAUUCUACCGUGUAGUGUUUGGAAAAACUCAUCCACUGACAGCCGUGUAUGAGAAGUUGAUCGCACAAAAAAUUGGAGUGUCCCAGCAGGAACGAGCACUUGAGAGAUUUCUCUUUGGAAUCCAUUCCCAAAUUGAUCGUUACUUUGAGCGUCUGGUAAGAUGCGGCACGAACGCAGAAGAGAACCUACCUGACUUGGGCACCUACAUGGAGACAUGCUACCAUGGAGGAAGCCUACCAGAGUCAAACUUUUUUGUUGUUGCAAAGGACUCUGUCGGCCAUGGUGGAACAGGAGACAAGACUGAGAGUCAGCUGAAGAGAGAGAAGGAAAGGGCCCAGAAGAAGAGCCUGGGCAAAUCAGUAAAAAAUCCUGACAUGAACAAAGAACAUCGCUACACCGGAAGAACUACUACUGAGUUAAUCAAACGGACAGGCGAACAGCCUCCAAAGCACGCCAACGGAAAGGAACUGAGCCUCAUUUGGCACACAAAGGGCGAAUGCAAGGAGCACUGUGAGCGCAAGCAUUCUCAUUAUGAUGCUGCACCAGAUAUUGAUAAGCUUCCGCACCCUGCCGCACCAAUGCUACACCGAGGAAUGAAAAAUGGGGCUCCUGUGGUGGUUCAUUUGGAGCCAUGGAGCCAGAGCCAACUUGACAUGCAAGUUGCUCGGGGCUGUCAUUCAUCAGCAAACAAAUUCAAAGAGUUUCUGAAGGAGGAGUUUUUGGAUUUUGGAAGGAAGGGAUUUUGGAUCCUACUUCCAUACGACGCCAUCAAGGACGAGAAAGGACUUUGCCUUUCUCCAAUUGGCUGCAUACAUACCACAAGAUAA